AUGUCCUCUCCUAUGUUCAAUGCCGAUGGCACUACCAACCAAUCUGAAGAUGUUAGAAUUUUGGGUUACGACCCAUUAGUCUCUCCAGCUUUGUUACAAGUACAGAUCCCAGCUACCCAAAAAUGUCUGGAGACCGCUCAACACGGUAGAAAGGAUUCCAUUGAGAUCAUUUCCGGCCGUGACGAUAGAGUUCUUGUCAUUGUUGGUCCAUGUUCCAUUCAUGAUUUGGAUGCUGCUCAAGAAUACGCUUUAAAAUUGAAAAAAUUAGCUGAUGAAUUGAAAGGUGAUUUAUUGAUUGUUAUGAGAGCCUACUUAGAAAAACCAAGAACCACUGUUGGUUGGAAAGGUUUGAUUAAUGAUCCAGAUGUGAAUAAUUCUUUCAAUAUUAACAAAGGUUUACAAGCCGCUAGACAAUUAUUCGUCAAUUUAACUUCUAUUGGUCUACCUAUUGGUUCCGAGAUGCUAGAUACCAUCUCCCCACAAUAUUUAACCGAUUUGUUAUCCUUCGGUGCCAUUGGUGCCAGAACUACCGAAUCUCAAUUACAUAGAGAACUGGCCUCUGGUCUAUCUUUCCCAAUUGGUUUCAAGAACGGUACUGAUGGUACUCUUGAUGUUGCUGUUGCCGCUUGUCAAGCUGCUUCUCACCCACAUCAUUUCCUAGGUGUCACCAAACAUGGUGUUGCUGCCAUUACUACCACAAAGGGUAACGAACAUUGUUUCGUCAUCUUAAGAGGUGGUAAGAAGGGUACCAAUUACGAUGCUAAAUCUGUUGCCGAAGCUAAGGCUCAAUUACCAGCUGGUUCCAACGGUAUCAUGAUCGAUUACUCUCACGGUAACUCCAACAAGGACUACAGAAACCAACCAAAGGUUAAUGAUGUUGUUUGUGAACAAAUUGCUGCUGGUGAAAAAUCUAUCAUUGGUGUCAUGAUCGAAUCCAACAUCAAUGAAGGUAGACAAGACGUCCCACCAGAAGGUAAGGCCGGUUUAAAAUACGGUGUCUCCAUCACUGACGCUUGUAUUUCUUGGGAAACUACUGAUGCUGUCCUAAGAAAAUUGGCUGCUGCCGUUCAACAAAGAAGAGCUGUCAACAAGAACUAA